UUGCAGCCUAGGAUGGUCCAGGCCAGCCUGAAGGCCAAAAGGGAUGGAGUUGGUUACCGGACAAAGGUACCCCGAAACGUGAACAUGGAAAAUUUGCAGAAUGGAUAUUUGUUCUCUGAGAUUUCCAGGUGCAAGCUUCAACACAUUGAGAAGUUCCCAAAUGCAAAAUUGAUCAGCCUUGGAGUUGGUGAUACCACUGAGCCUCUACCAGACAUCAUAGCAUCAAGCAUGGCAGAAUAUGCACUAGCCCUUUCAACGCCUGAAGGUUAUAGAGGGUAUGGACCUGAGCAAGGCUACGAGGCAUUGAGGAAGGCUAUUGCUGAAUCAUUCUACAAAGAUAUAUCCGUAAAAGAUACAGAAAUUUUUGUGACGGAUGGCUCACAGUGCGAUAUUACUCGUCUGCAGCUGGUUCUUGGUGCAAAUGUGACAAUAGCUGUACAGGACCCCUCUUAUCCGGUUUAUCAAGAUUCAAGUAUCAUAAUUGGUCAGGCUGGAAAUUACAAAGAUGAAGCUUUGAAGUGUAGGAACAUUGAAUACAUGAGAUGUUCUCCUCAAAAUAAUUUCUUUCCUGACUUGGAUACAACGUCGAGAGCAGACAUUAUCUUCUUUUGCUCUCCGAACAAUCCUACUGGUCAUGCGGCAACACGAAAGCAGUUAGAGAAACUUGUGGAAUUUGCAAGGAAUAAUGGUUCGAUUAUCAUUUUUGAUUCCGCCUAUGCAUCUUAUAUUAUGGAUGAUAGUCCUCGGUCAAUCUUUGAAAUUCCUGGUGCCAGAGAGGUUGCAAUUGAAGUUUCGUCUUUCUCCAAGUUGGCUGGGUUCACGGGUGUCCGUCUUGGUUGGACAGUGGUCCCUGAAGAACUCUUAUUCUCAAAUGGAUUUCCUGUCAGAAAUGACUUUGAUCGCAUUGUGUGCACUUGCUUUAGUGGAGCCUCCAAUAUAGCUCAGGCUGGUGGACUGGCCUGUCUAUCCUCGGAGGGUCUGAAGGCUACAGAGUCCAUGGUUCAGUACUACAUGGAGAAUGCAAGGAUUCUGGUUGACACUUUCACUUCUCUGGGUUUAGAGGUAUAUGGAGGUGCAAAUGCCCCUUAUGUGUGGGUUCGUUUUCCUGGCUCAAAAUCUUGGGAUGUAUUUUCUGAGAUUCUUGAGAAGACUCACAUAAUCACAGCUCCAGGUUCCGGAUUCGGAGCAGGAGGUGAAGAGUUCCUAAGAAUCAGUGCUUAUGGCAACAGAAAGUGUAUCCUUGAGGCCUCACGGAGGCUGGGGAGCUUUUUCUCCUGAGGAGAGCAUUUUAUUUUUGAGAAAGGAUUUGUAAAAGUUUCAAAUAGACAAGUUUUAUACAAGUCCUUGUAUAAAAGUAGACUUCACCUUAAAAAAGUGAAAAAAAGUAGACUCUGUCCACUUUUACAGAGGGCUUGCAUGAGACUUGUCUAUUUAGGACUUAUACUUAGCAUUACUGAUCUCUAUUUUCCUUUCUGGCACAUCCGUACAUGUACUCUUACAUAAAGCAAAGUGAUUUGGUAAACGUUAUUUGGUGUGUAAUAACUCAUAUACUUUCA